CACUAUAAAUGGCGGCGGAUUUUCUUAUCUUCAUUAUUGCCAGCUGAUUUUGUUAGAACACGUAGAAUGGAACAGACGUGUCAUAUACAUUUAGCAUAUCAAAACAAUGUUGCUUUGUUUGUUUAUAAUUUCUGUUUUAUGCAUUGAUAUUGCGUUGUUGGAUUGUGGGUGCAACAAGUUAAAUAGACAAGAAGACGAAAAGCCGCAUGCAUUAUAUGAAGAUAAAAAUGCCGAUAUAGAUGAUAAUAAAGUAUGUAAGCAACAAAGCAAAAAUUCGCGAUACAGGGAUUAUUAUGCGGAACCUGUUAUCGAGGAUAUGUCCCUAAUAACAGGUGGUGAUUAUUUAAUUGGUACCGACAAACCACAUUUUCUAGCAGAUCAUGAGUCACCUGAAAGAAUAGUUAAACUUAAAGACUUCUAUAUGGAUAAAUAUGAAGUUUCGAAUGAAAAGUUUCAACAAUUUGUAGAUGCAACAAACUACACCACUGAAGCGGAAAUAUUUGGUGAUAGCUUCAUAUUUAAAGCGCUCCUAAGUACUCAAAUGCAAAAGGAAUACGAAGACUUUAGAGUUGUUUCAGCGCCUUGGUGGUUUAAAGUAAAAGGCAUAUCAUGGAAGCAUCCUAAUGGACCAGAAAGCAACUUAAAUGAUUUACAAAAUCAUCCUGUAGUUCAUGUAUCUUGGAAUGAUGCUGUAGCUUACUGUAAGUGGUUAGGUAAGCGUUUACCCACUGAAGCUGAGUGGGAAGCAGCAUGCCGAGGAGGUAGAAAACAAAAACUCUUUCCAUGGGGCAAUAAAUUAAUGCCAAAUGAUAAGCAUUGGCUUAAUAUAUGGCAAGGGGAAUUUCCAGAUGAGAAUACUUUGGAAGAUGGUUUUGAUACUACUUGUCCGGUUAAUGAAUUUCGUCAAAAUAAUUUUGAUUUGUACAAUAUUGUGGGUAACGUUUGGGAAUGGACAAAUGAUAUAUGGGAAAAAAAUGACAGAAGUCCUAAUCCUAAUAUGGUGAAAAAGGGAGGUUCCUACCUAUGCCACAAAUCAUAUUGUUACCGUUAUAGAUGUGCUGCUCGUUCGCAAAAUACUGCUGACAGCUCAGCUGGAAACCUAGGUUUUCGUUGUGCAAAAUCAUUGUAAAUUUAUCUUUUAAACUUAAUUAUAAUGAAAUAUAUUAUUUAAGUAAAUAAAAGCGAAGCUUAAUUGA